AUGUCAUCCGAGACCACUACCCCCCAGGCCCCUCCUUCCCCCAAAUUGAUAACUUACCUCUACGAGUUCUGGGAGUAUGUCAGCUCUAUCGAACGCUGGCCCGAAGCGUACCACGCUCAUAACAAAAAAGACGUGAUGUCUCUCUCGAGGCGGAUUUUUAUGCUGUCCACCCAGGAGAAGUAUCGAGACCCCAAGUAUAUUGGGGAAUCGAUAUGGGACUGGUGGCGGAUCGCCAGCACCUAUAUCACCUCCCCAGAAACCUGCCCCCUCGCAAGCAUCGCGGUCGCAGCACAAAGCAAGCCUCCCCUCCUUGCUGAUCACCCUCGUCCUCCCAACCUCGUUAACUAUGUCGAGAACCAGAUCCGCAAGGAAGAGGAAGCAAAACGCAAGGCUGCCGCUGCCCAGGUGAAGACUGCUGAAGCCCCGAUCGCCCCCCCUCCGGCCAAACCCAAGAAGGCGGCAGCGAAGAAGGCCUCCAAGAAACGCGCUACCUCUGAGGCUGGCGACGACCCCCCUCCAACCAAGAAGCCCAAGGCAUCAGUGCCUGGCACCAACAAGGCUGGCACCGUGACGACGGCUCUGAACACCGAUGUCCAAGUCCCUAAGGAGGAAACGGCGGCCUCUAUGUCCGGGGCCCAUGAGAGUAAGCCCAAAGUCUCUUCACUGGUUGAGCAACUGGGAGGCGGCUUCCGCAGCGUCAACGACCUCCCUACGGGUGAUGUGCGUCACGAUCUUCUAGCAUUUCAGCGUCAACAACGAGACCAUAUCCCCAAGGUCAAUGAAGCACUUGCUAAAUACGAGACGAUGCUCGACUACUGCACCAGGGAAAGGGAGGAGCGGCUCAAGUCUCAGAACCAGUUUCAAGCCUACGUGCGGCACGCGAACAUGACGACAGAAACCCACGAGUCCCACUUCACCUCCAUCUUUUCACGCCUCGGCAGAUUGGAAGACCGCGACAACGUCUUAACUCGCAUGUUUGCUGAGUUAACAGCUAUCAAGCAACAUCUGAAGUCUCCUAAUCGCACAGAUCCGUUCGACGAUUCCCUGAUUGUGAACGCCUUCGAUUCUACAUUCCCUGCGAUGGGAGCCUCCUUAGCGCUCGCACACCCAGGGCCGUCCCAAGGCCACAUCAGCGGUGCAUCGCAGGCGUCUCAGUCUUCUACCUCUAUCGCCUAUAACACCUUCACAAACUCGUCUGGAACUACGCGGCCCCCUCAAGCGUCACAAAACCCCCCUAUCCCUGCGCCAUCGAUCUUUGGUACCUUCUCUGACUCUACUGCAGUUUCGCACCCCUCGACUGGAGUUCCGCCGCCCCCACAAGCCUCCCAUUCGACCACCUCCGAUCGUGCCCCUUUGGGCCGCGAUUCCUUCAGUAACUCCCCUUCCAUGUCUCCCAUCUUCAACACCUAUACCAACCCCCCUAAUCCCAACGCAUCCAACACCUUCACCAACCCAGACUCCGGUGUUUCAACCACACAUCCCUACAGCGUACAAGGGAGUAUGGACACCAUGUCCGCGACCUCACGUAGCAACGAUUCAGUACAUCAGCUUCCUCCUUUGCCUGAAUUCAAGGAUGAAUGUAACGAUACCCCUGAUACUCAAUAG